CAGUUCCUCAUCUUGCUGCUGCUCUCUGCAGUGGCUCUGGGUCAGACCCCGGCGGAUUCCUCCCCCUCCCCGGUUGGCUCGACUCUGCCUGGCACCGUGUCCAACUGCAACCGCUGGUACAAGGUCAAGAAGGGCGACACCUGCGACUCCGUUCAGAGAUCGUUGGGGAUCACGGCCAAGGACUUCCUUGCCUGGAACCCGGACGUGUCGGCGGACUGCCUGAAGAACUUCUGGGUGGACCAGACAUACUGCGUCGGCGUUGGCAGUAGCCCUAGCCCUACUAUCCAGACUUCAGUGCCUUCGGUUUCACCUCCUGUUGCUUCAACUUCAGCCCCUUCAGUUCCUUCGGUUCCUUCUACUUCUGCAGCCUCCCCCUCCGGUCCCUCGACCUACACGUUCAAUCACCCCAUCACGUCGCCGUCGCUGACUCCCCCGUCCUCCACCGAUACUGCCUGGCCGCCUAAAAAGACGCGCCCCGGCCAGCCGUCGACGUGCAACAAGUGGCAUCAGGUUCAAUAUGGGGACACGUGUAAGCGAAUCAAAGCGCUGUACAGUACGAUCACCAUGGAUAAUCUGCUGGAUUGGAAUCCCGACCUCGCCCUCGACUGCGACUUGCCCUUUGCCGGCUGGUGGGUGUGUGUUGGCGUGCCCCAGAGCCCGUUCAGUUAUGGCUAUUCCUCGGGGCCUGUAUCCCUGCCGGAGACAACGCCCUGGACGCCAACCUCUCGGAGUCACUGGCCCUACUCGGCCGGCGCAACUCUCACGGAUUCCGAACCGGAUCUGCCCUUCACGGCCACGGCCACGCCGACUUCGCUCGUCCAGGCCAACACCACCAAGGAAUGUCGCGCCUGGUAUCAGGUCAACGACUGGGAGACCUGUCAGGAUGUGGUCGAUCUGUUUGGCACCUUCUCCGUGAAAGAAUUCAUCGCCUGGAAUCCGACCGUAGGAGAUGGUUGCGCCGCCAUCCAAGAUAACUAUUGGUACUGCGUGGCCGUGCCUGGCACCCCCGCCAACCGCACAGCGCCUCCUCCUCCGGAAGUCUGGCCCCCUGCAGUUCCUCGUCAAUCGGGGGUGGCGCCGAAUUGUGAUGGCUGGUGGCGCGUCGGCCGCGGUGAGAACUGCGACAAGAUUGCGAUGUGGAACGGCGUUCCCCUGGAGGAUUUCUACAAGUGGAAUCCUGCCAUUUCCUAUCCCGAUUGUGGUAACCUGCUUGGGGAUACGGAAGUCUGCGUGCGAGUGGCCAAGGGCAAUGCCACCACCUCGAGGCCCUGCGCUGCCAACUCGACGGCUCCUCCUCUGCCUCCUUAUCCCACG